AUCCUAAUAUAACAGUGUUGUCAUGUUACCGGAAAUGAAUUGUUUCUUCUAUGAUUUCCAUUGGACGAUUGAGCUGUUUACUCGUGUGAGUUUCUUAUCGUGUACUUAUCUUCAGAGGUUUUAUAAUCCCGGGUGUUGUUUGCCGGCUCGCGUAGUUGCCAGUAGUUGCUUUCGGAGUUUUAUAAUGUUAACAGCUGGAAGAAGAGUAUGCGGCGUAGUACUGAAAGCAAUCGUGAUUCCUGAGGAAAUUGAUGCAUACGCAUUCUGAUUGCGCAUGCGUAUAAACAGGCUCCUCCGAUACUAGCGGCUCAUAUUCCGAACUAAAAUCCGGAAUCCCAAACGGCACUUCCAUUUCCGCUGAGUGCCCAGACUGGCCUAGACCUGAAAAUAAGACCAUGGAGCCACGUGUUUUGAGAAAGAAGAAAAUUAACAAAAUAAUUAAAAAUGUUAAGGACAUAAAGUCACCUAAGGAUCAUGAAGAAGAAGUUAAAAAAGUUGCUAUACGGAAACCCGUUGCCGCUAAGAAAAAAAAGAAGCUACAGAUUGAAGAAGAUGUUGCAGAACCAGUAGUGGCACACAAUGAAGAUGUAGGAGAUAUUACUCAACUGAAGUUGGAUAAAAAACAAAUCCAUGAUGCAAUAAAGGCUGUGUUUGCAUUGGUAAAAAAACGUGCUGUAGAGAGUGCAACUUUGUUUAAGGCAGACCAUGAACCUAUUUUCAUGCAAAUAAAUUGCAUACGGAUACCACAAGUGGCAACAAGACAACUCAGGAUAUUGUUGCCACAUAAAUUAAUUACAAACAUGGAUGAUGUGGCACUUUUUGUAAAAGAUCUUGAAAGAGGUCGUAAAAGGGAUUUUGAAACAACAAUAAAUCACUACAAAGAUAUGCUUGACGAACAUGGAUGUAAAACAAUUCUGACUGUAAUUCCAAUGUUACAAUUGAAGACAGAAUUUCGGCAAUUUGAAAUGAGAAGGAAACUACUUUCCAUGUAUGACUAUUUCCUCACAGAUGGCAGAAUUGCCGGGCACGUGGCAAAACUUCUUGGCCGAAAAUUCAGCACGAAAGGCAAGCUGCCAACCUCCAUAAGAAUCGACAGCAAAAAUCUUAUGGAUGAAAUUGAUUAUGCCCUACGAAAAACUUCUAUGCAAUUGCAUUCUUUAGGCAAUAUGCAUAUUGUUAAAGUGGGGCACACAGAAAUGACUAAGAAACAAGUUUUUGAAAACAUUCUGGCUGUUUGCAAGAAAUUGGCAAAAAGCUAUCCUGGGGGUUGGGAUAAUAUUCGAUCUCUAAGUAUUAAAACUGGACGUUCUUUGGCAAUCCCCAUCUAUGUUACCCUGAAAAGUAUCAGUCAAGUUGAAGUACCUGUUGUACCUUCGAAGAGGCCAAAGGCCUACAAACCAAUUACUGGUGAACUUACGACCUUCACUGGAAAAGUUGCUGUCACAUUGGAACCUGAUGGUGAUAUUACUGUCAAGAGAAAACACAGUUCUCUUGAAAAGACUUUAGAGAAGAGUGAAGACGCUAAUGAGAAUGAUGUUAUUACGAAAAAGAAAAUCAAGAAAUAAACACUAAUGGCGC